AUGGUCGGCUCCAACAUCGCUCCACGUCAGGCAACAAGCUCUUUAAUAUGUCCCCACGAAGGCGAAGGACUACUACUAUCGUCCCGAUUCAACAAGGGAACUGCAUUUUCCGAGGAAGAACGGACUACGUUCAAGCUGCAUGGACUACUCCCGCCAAACCACCAGUCUUUAGACGAACAGGUCAAACGUGCCUAUCAGCAAUACAGCAGUCGGCAAGACGAUCUGGCCAAAAAUACAUUUCUGGCUAGUAUGAAAGCGCAGAAUGAAGUUCUGUACUACCGGCUUCUACAAACCCACCUCAAGGAGAUGUUUAAUAUUAUCUAUACACCGACUGAAGGCGAUGCGAUCCAGAAUUAUUCCCGGUUGUUCCGAAAACCAGAAGGAUGUUUCCUCAACAUCAAAGACCAAGGCAUGAUCGAACAGUCACUCGCCAAUUUCGGGAAUGAGGAGGAUAUCGACUAUAUUGUUGUCAGCGAUGGAGAAGAGAUUCUUGGCAUCGGCGAUCAGGGUGUAGGCGCCAUACUCAUCUCAGUUGCCAAGCUUGUGAUCACGACUCUAUGUGCCGGUAUCAACCCUGCCCGACAACUCCCAGUGGUGCUGGAUUGCGGAACAGAUAAUGAGGAGCUCUUGAAUGACGAGCUGUAUCUAGGGUUACGACAGCAUCGGGCAAGAGGCGAGGAAUAUGACGAUUUUGUGGAAAGAUUUGUGAAAAGUGCUCGCAAGCGUUUCCCAAAGGCCUAUAUCCAUUUCGAGGACUUUGGUCUCCACAACGCCCGUCGCAUCCUGGACAGGUAUCAAUCUCAGAUUCCCUGCUUCAAUGAUGAUAUCCAGGGCACUGGAUGCGUCACUCUCGCUGCCAUGAUGGCGGCUCUGCAUGUCAGCCAAGUUAAGAUGGAGGAUGUCCGCGUGGUGAUCUUUGGCUCCGGUACGGCUGGCACAGGCAUCGCAGAUCAAAUCGCCGAUACAAUUGCGACGGAGACAGGGAAGCCGAAACCCGAGGCAUCAAAGCAAAUUUGGUGCAUCGAUAAACCAGGUCUUCUCUUGAAGUCUCAAGGCAAUGAUCUAACCCCGGCCCAGGUUCCAUUUGCGCGGGAAGAUCCCACCUGGCAAAGCGGCCAGCAAUAUGAUCUUCUUUCCGUGAUUCAGCAAGUCAAGCCACAUGUUCUUAUCGGUACAUCGACGAAACCCAAAGCCUUCACAGAAGAAAUAAUCCGAGAAAUGGCAAGCCAUGUGGACAGACCUAUUGUGUUCCCACUCAGCAAUCCAACACGUCUCCAUGAAGCGCAACCUCAGGAUCUCUACGAGUGGACUGACGGCAAGGCCCUUGUCGCAACAGGCAGUCCCUUCCCACCUGUUAAGUAUGGAGGCGUUGAAUAUGACAUCGCGGAAUGCAAUAAUUCCACCUGCUUCCCAGGAAUCGGUCUCGGGGCAAUCCUCUCACGAAGCCGCCUUCUAUCAAAGAAGAUGCUCGUGGCAGCCGUGGAGGCCCUCAAGGCCCAAUCACCCGCCUUACAAGAUCCCGACAAGCCUCUACUACCUGAUGUUGAGGAUGUUCGAGAGAUUAGCGUUGAUAUAGCAGCUGGUGUGAUCAAGUGUGCCGUGGCAGAGGGACUUGCCCAGCAAGAGGACAUUCCCUCUGAGGAUUCCGAGCUCAAGGUAUGGAUUCGUGAGCGGAUGUGGGAGGCUGUUUAUCAGCCUCUAGUCAAAGCAUAG